AUGUCAAAUAUGCCACUGUCAUUUGACGAGGAAAAUUCAUCUUUUAGCGCUACUCAUUCUCCUUUUUUCUUGCUGGAUUCGCAAGGCCCUUAUGAUCAGCCCUCGAAAUUGGCCAUGGUGGACGAGUUACGUUCAAUCUCGAAAGAACUUAUCGCUACUCCUAAACAUAGUAUGGCUCCGGACUGUCGAACUGCUCUUGGAUUCCGCCUUUUGGCUUCAGAUCGUGCGGUAUUGAAACACAUUCAUGGUAGAACUGGCUCUAGCAUUUUGACUUUAUUGGCCAGAGGCGCAUUACUCUUCUCUCAUGUCGCUUUGAGGGGCACAUUUCGAUCCUCUCGUAUUAUAAGAGCCUUGGUUGACCAAUUGAAACAAGUCAUAAUUUUCGUAUAUACCUCUGAAGGUGACAUAUUUGCCAAUCAUCCAAUAGCAUUGGUCUGGCUGCUUUUAGUCGGUAUUCUUGCUUCAGGGAAAGAAAAUUUUCAAGGGGUAUGGUUCAGGUUAUGCUUAGAAAAGGCUUGUGGAAACGGCGCUGGGCUUUCAUGGGAGAACGUUCUUGCAUUAAUUGAAACUCCAAACGACAUAUCUCCACAGCCAUUUUGCUGGAUGCUUGAAGACAUGGCCUUGCACCUGCCUUACAUACAUACUUCAAUCUUAUGUUGA